CACUUAUUUAUUCACUAAUGGUACAUCUCUGCAGGUUUGUAGGCACGACAGAGUUUGCGACAGGUUUGUGGGCAGGAGUGGAGCUGGAGACUCAGACAGGUCGUCACAACGGCACUGUCAAAGGCGUCAUGUACUUCCGCUGUGCUAAGAACUAUGGUAUCUUUGUGCCUGUGAAUCGCCUGACUAAAAUCCCCCACGUGAAUGUGGGUCGUCAGGGUCGCUCCACCUCUGUAUCACAACGUCAGAGGUCCAACACAACGUCGCGACGAUCUGUCUCGCUUCCCCCGGGCAGGAUCAACCAUGGCCGUGUAGAUGUCUCCAGGGUGUCUUCCAGGGUGGCUCAGGGUCAGUCCCAUAAUACCUCGUAUCAUAUUUCAUGAACAUUUUAAACCCUUGCAAGUCAUUCACUGCAAGGAGUGGUGGAGGCUCGACCCUCCGUCCAUUAAUCAUGAUGUGAUUUGUCC